AUGGCUAACUUGCUGCCAAUGCGAGAUAUCAUGCCUCACAUGAAAAAUUGGAGCUGCAUCGUCACUGUUCAAGAAAAGCAACAGAUCACAGGGUCAAUGGGAACGCCAACAAGAAAGCAGAAAUUUGUUUUCUAUGAUUCAGAGGGAUCAAGAGUCAAAGGAAUCAUCUUCAAUGAUGACAUUCCUAGAAUGAGCAGCAUUUUGCAGGUCUAUAAAAAAUAUAAAAUAUCCAAUGCUGAGGUCAGAACCAUACCACCAAAUUUCCAGACAUCUGAGCUCACCGUUCAAUGGGUUAUCAGCACCAAGACUGUCAUUGACGAAAUUGCUGAUGAUGAUGAAGUCAUGCCUGUAAAAUUCUGGUAUUCAAAGUUUACUGACUUAGUUCAAUACAUGGAUGACAGAACUAAAUCAGUGGACGUGCUGGGAGUUGUGAUUAGUGCGCUUGAGAAGAAAACUGUUACCAAAAACUCAAAGCAAUCAGAUGUUCAGAAAUUUGUCCUUCUUAAUGAACAAUCGCAGACGGUACUCCUGUCUCUGUGGGAUAGUUUUCUGGCUAAUGAAGGACAAGAAAUACUAUCUAAACUUCACAGCUAUCCUGUCAUCAUUGCUCGCAGAGUUAGAGUGAACAACUAUAAUGGAGUCGCACUUGGUACUUGGUUUGAUUCAGCAAUUCUUGUUGAUCCACCUAUACAAGAGGCAAGAGAACUCAAGAACUGGGCAUUAAGGAACACUAAGUUGCUUAAAGAAGCUGCCGAAAAAAAGGACUAUAUUGAAUAUAAUCCACAGCUGUCAUUAAAAUCAGAUCAAAAAACUACCUGGAUUUGUAACAUAACUUCGUCACAAAAGGUACAGUUCUCUUUUGAGCAUAUCUUCCAGAAAUAUUGGUACAUGAGCUAUAAGAACUGUUGCCGAGCUACAGCAGCAGCCUAUCAAGUUGAGUUUACCUGUAAUUCGUGCAAAGAGAAACAUCCUGCAGUACCUAGAUGCCGCUUUGAUGUUGAUUUGAUCGAUAGCACCGGCAUGAUACCAGCUUCAAUAUUUGGCGAAUUAGCAGAGAACUUACUCACGUUUAGUGCGCUGGAAGCAAUGCAACACUUUAAUGAGAAUGUUGCACUUCCCCUCGAGUUUGUCCACAAGGAGCUCAGUUCAAAGACGUUUCUGCUUCACAUCAAACCUGUGCAAACGCAGCUGGCAGACGCAAGGCAGCGCUACACAAUUAUAUACUACUCUGAAAUCAAUGAUGAUGCCAAUUCUGCACAGUUAACAAGUGAAGCGAAAGAUGCCCCUCCUUUUCCUAGCAAAGAAUCUGACACUAUACAGGUCGGGACUCCAGGAGAGAGUAGCGCUCGUUCAAAAGUUUGUGUUUGCCUUUCUGAAAGGUUUGAUGAACCGCAGACCACUGAAGCUAAAGAAGAUGAAAAUGCAGAAUGCAGCUCUAGCAAAAAGCAAAGAAUCAACUAA